UUAUUAGCUAUUAAAUCAAGAAGAAGAAUGCUAGAAGAAGCAGCAUAUUAAUUAAUUUUUCAUACCGUAUUUGACGACAGUAUUAAUAGAGAAAUAGAAAAAAAAUAUACCAAAAAAGAGUCGGAAGUACACGGAAGCACGGUGGAUAUUAUUUUUUAACUUGUUAGAUUUUUUAUCUCAAUAAUGGGUCAGAAGGUAUCAAGAACUGACUUUGAAUGGGUAUACACGGAGGAACCGCAUGCCUCACGCCGCAAAAUUAUAUUGGAAAAAUAUCCACAAAUCAAAAAGCUUUUCGGCUAUGAUCCGAAUUUUAAGUGGGUUGCCGGAGCAAUGGUGCUCACACAAAUAUUGGCUUUAUUUAUUGUCAAAGAUUUCUCAUGGCCAUUGCUGAUAUUGGCCGCAUACUGUUUUGGUGGCAUCCUCAAUCAUUCGCUGAUGUUGGCUGUUCAUGAGAUAUCGCAUAAUUUGGCAUUUGGUCACAGCCGACCGAUGCACAAUCGUAUAUUAGGUUUUAUAUGCAAUUUACCGAUUGGUUUGCCCAUGUCAAUAUCAUUUCGAAAAUAUCAUUUGGAACAUCAUAGAUACCAAGGCGAUGAAGUAAUUGAUACUGAUAUACCCACAUUACUAGAGGCUAAAUUGUUCGAUUCAACAUUUGGUAAAUUCCUUUGGGUAUGUCUGCAGCCUUUUUUCUAUAUAUUCCGUCCUCUAAUUAUAAAUCCCAAGCCACCAACACGUUUGGAAAUUAUUAACACCAUCAUACAAUUAACAUUUAAUGCGAUGGUUGUUUACUUUUUCGGCUGGAAAGCAAUGGCCUAUCUUGUAUUGGGCUCCAUUUUAGCAAUGGGAUUACAUCCAGUGGCUGGUCAUUUCAUAUCGGAACACUAUAUGUUUGCCAAGGGUUUUGAGACCUAUUCCUAUUACGGUCCUCUUAACUGGAUAACCUUUAAUGUAGGCUAUCACAAUGAACAUCAUGACUUUCCUGCUGUACCGGGAUCCCGCUUGCCAGAAGUUAAAAAAAUAGCUUCUGAGUUCUAUGACACAAUGCCUCAACACACCAGCUGGGUGCGUGUAUUGUACGACUUUAUUAUGGACCCUGCCGUCGGUCCCUAUGCCCGUGUCAAACGUCAUCAAAAGGGUCUAAAAACAUAAGAUUACUUUGUAUAAACAUUUUUGAAUAAGUAUUUUCUUCGUUUGUGUGUGUUUUUUUGUCUUAUUAACGCUUUUAUUUUGUUUAUUGUAUUUUUGAGCUUAAACCAAAAACAAACUAAAACUUAAUCUCUACACAAAUUUUGAAUAUUGCAUAUAGAAA